UUCACAAGAGAUAUAAACAAAGCAACCUCUGCACAAAGUCCUCACGCGCUCUCUCUCUGCCCUUAACGGAGACGGGAAAAAGAUAGAGGUCGGAGAUUAGCUCAAUCUCUCCGUUUAAUACGUAAUCGUUCCAAUAUUUAUCACGAUCAACAAUUAAAAAUCACGAAUAUCAGUGGCUUCCUGUAGACAGCCUAAGCAUAUUUGGCUUCUUGGCAAUGGAUAAAAAAGCUGCUUCUAGUCUUUUUGUUAAUGAUGGUUCAUUCAUGGAGAGGUUCAAACAACUUCAGCAAGAGAAGGAUAAGGACCAGGAGAAGGAUAAAGGUGCUGUAGAGAAGGAAUCUAAACCCAAAACGAUAGUUUCAGGGACUUUGGUCCCUAAAACUUCCACUGGUAAAAUAAGUAUGCAAUUUAAGGCUAAUAGCGCAAGCAAGACCCCACAGCCUUCUUCAGGUGGAAAACUUGCUUUCAGCUUGAAACAGAAGUCAAAGAUUGUGGCUCCUGCGGUUAAGUUGGGUGAAGAUGAGGAGGAUGAAGAUGAAGUAGAUGCUGGGAAUGUUUCUGGUGAUGCAUCUGGAAAAAGGCAGAAGUUGAAUCAUUUGGAUUCUUCUGAACAAUCAAGACAAGUGGAUGUUGCACCACUGUCCCCGAGUGAUCCUACAGUGAAGAAAGUUGCUGACAAACUUGCAAGUUUUGUUGCCAAAAAUGGAAGGCAAUUUGAGCAUGUCACGCGCCAAAAGAAUCCUGGUGACACACCUUUUAAAUUUCUAUUUGACAAGACAUGCUCAGACUACAAAUACUAUGAGUUUCGCGUUGCUGAAGAGGAGAGAGCUCUUUCACAAGCUAGGGAUCCUGAAAUCUCUACUAGUGGUACUACAAGUACUUCGGCCUCUAAAAGCACAAGUGGUUCUCACAGGUCUCAUCAGCAGCAACCAAAUUACCAAAUUCCUGCUUCAGCUCUUUAUGAAGCCACUGAUGAGCAGGGGGAUUCAAUGGUUUCAGUACAAACAGAAUCAGCAGGAAGAGCUGGUGAAUCUAGUGCUCCAGAAGGUACAGAUCCCAUAGCAAUGAUGGAGUUCUACAUGAAGAAGGCUGCUCAAGAGGAGAGAAGGAGACAGCCUAAACAGUCAAAGGAUGAGAUGCCCCCUCCUCCUUCUCUUCAAGUUGGCGUUACAGGUUCUUCAAAAAGAGGUCAUCACAUGGGUGACUACAUUCCACAGGAAGAGCUUGAGAAAUUCUUGGCUACCUGUAAUGAUGCAGCUGCACGAAAAGCUGCUAAAGAGGCUGCAGAGAGGUCAAAAAUUCAGGCUGAUAACGUCGGGCAUAGACUGUUAUCAAAAAUGGGUUGGAAAGAAGGUGAGGGUCUGGGGAGUGGCAAAGGCGGCAUCGCAGAUCCCAUUAUGGCUGGUAAUGUAAAGAUGAAUAACUUGGGUGUUGGUGCUCAUCAUCCUGGGGAGGUGACUCCUGAGGAUGAUAUUUAUGAGCAGUACAAGAAGCGGAUGAUGCUUGGUUACCGUUACAGACCAAAUCCUCUGAACAACCCUCGAAAAGCAUACUACUGAAGAAGUUCUCAUGCUAGCUAUUUGUUUUUAAACCGGUUUUUGGGAAAAUAACAAGGGUUUGAACUGCUUAUUGUGCUGGACUUGGAAUAUUAAAUUGUACCUCUUAUGAAUUGGUGUUCAAUGACAAAUUAUUCGUUUGUUUCCAUUUUACAAUUCA